UUUAAUAUUUACUUGGAUUUCAACCGGAUGAUGAUGGCAUUUCGUUCUUAAUAUAAAUCGGUUUCUAAUCGGAAUAUUCCCAAAUAGAAAUGAAAAAAUCUUUAGGAAAUGAUGAAAAUACGUUUUUUGAUUUUUUAUUAACACUAACCUUGUUUUGGGUUUCAAUUUGUUUAACACCAUGGAUUUUUUUUAGCUACAUCGCAAUCCAAACUUUUCAUACUUUAUGGAUCGCAUCUGUAUCAUUUUUAUACCCAGAAUUAACAUUUUUAAAACGAACAACUUUAAGGACUUUGGUUGAAACCCAUCGAAAUCAAGGGAUUAUUACCAUUUUAUUAACGGUGAGAGGUCCUCCGAAUCCCGCAUCGGUUAGAAUACAUUUAGAGGAAUUAGUUCGGCGCAAAGACAAAAACGGGAAAUUAGUUUUCCCCCAUUUAAGCGACUCUUUAAUCCGAAGAUGCGGAACUUACGCUUGGAGUAAAUGCAACUUUGAUUUGAAUCAAAAUUUAAUUCUCGCGCCUUAUUCGUUUCGUGGAAGAGCAAUUAAUGAAUUAAAUGUCCAAGAUUGUGUAAGCGAUUUAGUUUGUAAACUACUUACAAAUAAUGUACCACCAUGGCAAAUGGUAAUCAUCCCAUCUUCUGAGAAUAAACAUUACAUCUUAUUAAGAUUACAUCAUAUUUUGUUGAGUGAAGGAUUAAAUAUUGCUGAUAUGUUACCUUUAAUACCACCAGUAAGAAACAAUAUGAGCGAAUCGUCUCUAAACAAAACAACUUUAACAUCAGUGAUGAAACCAGCGAGUUAUUUACCAACUUUAAAAGAACGUUUAACUGAAGAUUUAACAAACCAUUGGAACGAAUUCAUAUCGAACAACGAUCCUUUAGAAAAACCAGAAUUGUUUAAAAGAAAACCCGAUUUUUUCGAACUUUUAUCAAUCAUCCUAAUCGUUUUCGUUUCAACAUUAAAAGAGACCCGAAAGAACUUUAUAAAAUCCCCAAAAUCCGAUUUAAUUUCAAUCCUAAAAUCAAUCAAAACAACGGUACAAAGAGAAUGUAAAAAGCGCCAAAUUAAUUUUUCAACUUUUAUAUUUUCCAUUUUAAUAAUGUUGCACCCGAAAAAAGUGGUAACAACAUUCGCUAAAAAAUCGUUAAAAUGGUCUACGUGGAUUUUAAGCAUCCCAUUUAAAAUUUACAUGGAAUUUAAAGCUUUUCAAAGCUGCGUUAAUCUAAGUUAUUGCGCUUACCCCGACACAGUGGUUGGAUUUUUAUACAGUUACGUCCCGUUAACGUUUAAAGCUUUAAAAGAAUUAUUAACAUUUUGGAGAAUUAUUUUUUAUACUCCUCGAACCGUUUGGGACGAAUUAACGAAAAGUUACGAAAAAAUCGAAACUGUUACUUUAUGCGGAAGAAAAGUCACCGCUUGGUCCGAACCUGUUAAGAUCGAAUCGAUUCGAAAAGUUGCAAAAAACACUUCUUGCAGCGAUACCGAAAUUAUUUUAGCAGCUGCGAGUGAGGCGUUAUCACGAUUUAUUACCCACACAAACUCAACGAUGCUUAAAGAGAUCCCGAUAACCGCUAGAAAUAUUAAUUCCAAUUAUUUUUUGUUAACCGGGCCAAAUGUUAAAGCCAACGAUGCAAUUGGUGGGAUGUUAUGUUUAAAUCUACCGAUUUUGGAUUCGAGGAAAGAUGCGAAUUUACUAGAAAAUUUACGCGAUAUCAAAGACAACACUUUGUAUGCAUCCGAAACGCAACAAUUAACUUAUUUAUUAAGCGUUUUACAAACUAAAUACGGAUUUUUAUCGAAAUUUUUACCAGCGACUUUAAUCGGAAUUGCUUUAAAAUAUCUUUCUUUAAGGUAUUCAGUUUCUUUUACCGAAAUAACAAACAGACAACCUUUCGUGAUUCAAAGCACAAUUUGGGGGCAAGAAGUUUCAUCAGUUAUUUAUUGGAGACCACCACAAGCUAAUAUAAGUGUUUCGCUUUGUGCUAAUCAAUAUGGUAAACAUGUGACAUUUGGGGUCAUGUGUGACGCUCAAUUAGCCCCGAAUCAUCAUUUGCUCGUUCGAGGAUUUCAUGAUUGUAUCAAAGAUUUAGAAGCAUCCGCAGCUUUACAAUAAAAGUUAUGGGUUAAGUGUUAUGAUAUAAAUUAAUUGGAAAUAAAUUUAGUUUUAUUAAA